UCAGACAUUUGAAUUCUCGAAGACGUUUCGGGAAGCAAAAUCUGAGCCGCAGUGAAAGGUUCAGAUACAGUGCAUGGGGAACAUGGACAAGGACCGGCAGAAGGUCGUCGCCACGUGGAUCGGCCGGAUGGAGGGCGUCAACCACAAGAACGUGAAGAAGGCGCAGAAGGAUCUCACCAAGGAGGUCAAGUCCAUCGUUCCUUCGGCCGGCACGCUCUAUGGGAUCUGUGAGAACUUUGAUACCUAUCAGCAUGGAGGUUUGUUUCCGCUGCUUCAUCUGAGUGAAGAUUCGGGAGUCGUGAACAAAUUACUGAACACAGACAGCUUUCUGGACAGUGAUGUGCUAGGCCCCGGCAACAUGGUGGACCAAGGCGUGUUUGAGGAAGUGGCUUGUAUCACCCCACAGAUCGAAGGCUCUGGUACAACGAACUCUGUCAUAGCUGUUUCUGCCUUUAAGAGCAUAGAAACAUCACCCAAUGCAAAGCUUAUCAAAGAAUGGAAGCAAUGGACGGGUGCAAGAGCUUUCCUGCAAGACAUAGUAAUGGCAGGAUUAGAGUGCACCAAGAUUAGGUUCCUCGUCAGAGUAGCCCCGACGGAAGAGCCUGAAGGAUUCUACUACAUGCUAACGACUGAGGUGCCCAUCCGCGAACCCUCUGACGAAGGGCUGUUCGUCGACACCCUCCAGCGCUUCAGGGUCGAGCGCUGGUUCGGCUACAACACGAUCUAUCGCAAGAUUGGGUAGCCAUCUCCUGAAGAACCUGAAGCGGCAGGCUGUCCGGCCUCCUCCUCCUAGUCGUCUCCUCCUCCUCCUUCUUACGCCUAUUUUCCUUUUUUAGUGUGUAUUUUAUGGGUCACGUACACGAUUGUUUUUUUCUUUCUUUUCUUUAUACAGAUUUUUGAAUGUAUGAAUCUGUAUGUG